UACACAUCUCAGGUCACUUUAUCUCGUGGUCCUCUUUGAGUAUUCACAGACACAUGUAGGCAACACACUCGCGGCAGUGGAAAUCAUGUCACGAAAGGAAUUUUUACUAGGAGGAGGAUUAUAAAUUUCCCCUUCGCGCUUGAACUCUAGCCAUCUACAAACUGUCCACACCAAACAGGUAGACAACACACGACGUGCAAAACACCGAACAGAAGCGCACAUAGCUUGUAUCCAUGGCGCCGUCGGAGACGAUGCUGGAGUCGGCGGCCUACGGGCGGAUGCGGGCGGAGAACCCGUCGGAGUUCGUGCCACGCAGCGUCUUCUUCGCACGCGACGGCGGCAGCGGCAUCGACCGCCGCAACAGCCUCUGGGUGAAAGCGGCGGUCGUCUACGAGUCCAUCACCGGCCUCCACGUCAACGACGGGGCCAAGCCCGUCGCCACCAGCCUCCUCCUCCGCCUCGCCGACGAUUGCCGCUCCCGCAUCCACGCCGGUCAGACGCCUCAGACCAAGAUAUCUACCGCGGUUUCUGAUGCGCUCAAGGAAAUGCUGGAAGCUACUUCAGGAGCUUCAUCAAAUGUCGUCACCGCCCAAAAUGUUGGCGUAAAUCAGCUAGGGAAGCCGGCGGACCUCCCCGACGAAGAAGGCUCGGACGACAACAAGCGGGUGAUCGACGCCAUCUUCCUCGUCGUCGGCUUCCUUCGGAGGCUGUCCAAGGCGGCCGCCGGCAUCAGCCGCGACGCCGUCGAUGAGGGGUUCAAGUCCACGCACAUGCAGGACAUCGUCACGGACGUGAUCAAGCUGGAGAACCAGCUCCCGCUCAAGCUCCUGCUCGACGUGGUCGACCACGUCGAGGACGCCAUCCGCGGCAUCGCCGCCGCCCCGUCCAGCGAGUUCGAGGAUCUCAAGAAGUUCCUCGAGGGGUACAAGCUGGGCUUCACACGCGCCACGUUCUUCGACGACGUCGUCCGCCCCUUCUGCUGGUACUACUCGCCAUUCUUCAGCAAGCAGCUGCCAGCGGCCGCGGCGCCGCCUAAGGUGGCCGACGGCCAGCAGCUCGACAACGUCGCCGACAACCCCGAGACGGCGGCGCGCACGCUCCUGGACUUCUUGCACGACAGCGUGGUGCCGGUGGUGCCGCGCGCGGCAUCGGAGAAGGGGACAGGCGGCGGCAAGACGUCCCGCAUGCCGACGGCCAGGGAGCUGAACCGGUCCGGCGUGCGGAUCGCGCCAGGCGAGGACGGCCGCGCGGCGGUGGAAUUCGACGAGACGUCGGCUAGGCUGCGGCUGCCGGCGCUGGUCUACGACUUCAAGCUUGCCACGGUGGCGAGGAACCUGCUGGCGCGGGAGUACGAGGAGCAGAGCAAACCCGUGACGCGCUACUUCCAGAUGAUGAACGAGCUAGUCGAGGACGCGGCCGAUACCAGGAUCCUCCGCCGCGCCGGCGCCGUGCGCGGCGGCGGGACGUCCGGCGCCGAGGUGCACCAGCUGGUCAAGAAGAUCGAUGGCUACGCGACCUACCCGUCGGUGUUCAUGGCCAUGGACGUGCAGAUCGAGAAGGUGAGGCAGUUCCACGACAAGAGGAUGCAGAACUUCCUCGUGCGCUACCGCCCCGGCGUCAUCUGGGCAUCGUCGGUCGCCGCCGUCUCUGUGGUUGCCAUUGUUGCCGCGAGGAGGAACCGGGGCUGAUCCAAAGCCAACUGCAGCUAAUUGACAAAGACUGUGCAAGCUAGAUAUGCGUGUACUACGUACUACGUAUUCAUUAGUCAUCGAAGAGACGACUGUACAAACUUGUACAAUUUGACCGGUAUAAAGGGGCGUGUCUUAUGGAAAUGUGAUGUGCUAAUUGGCGGAUAGCCGCUCAGGAGCUUCCUGGCGGUCACAUCUGCAUCUA